AUGGAUUAUAAAAAGGAUGCUAUACCUGCGGGUAUUCCUAUUGACUUCAUAUAUAUGCAUCACGAUAUUGAAAAGAUAAUGAAUCUCUUCAAAGAUGAACGAUUUACUAUUAGGGAAGAUGCAGUCAACGCCAUGUAUGUACAGUGUAUCCAACACAUAUUAAAUAUAGUAAGAGAUUCUAAGGGCAGGAUGGGAUCUCACAAUUUACUAACUUCAAAACACGUGCUGGAAUCCAAGUAUGUAAAUCCAAGGAUACAAGCUAAGUGCAUCAGUGCCAUUGAUAAUAUGCGAAAGAUAUUUCCGUUGUUGUCAGUUUAUGACGACACCCCUUAUUUGCAAAACAAAUGA